UGGAAAUUCUAAAUUGUGAUCAACUAAUAGUUGAAAUAAUAACUAUUAGAUUAUGGAAGGCUUUGAUACACCUGGAAUUUUUUUUUCUGAUACAUUUGGAGAUGAUGACAAUUUGGCGUCAUCUUUAUUAAAUGCACGAACUAUUAAAAAGUCAUUUAAAGAAUUUUUAAAAACAUAUAAUGAAGAUAAUUUUAAUUAUAAGUAUAGAGAUACUUUAAAACGAAAUACCAAUUUGGGUCAGUUUUGGCUUGAGAUUAAUAUUGAAGAUUUAGCUGGUUUUGACGAAAAUUUAGCUGACAAGUUGUAUAAACAACCAAUUGAACAUUUGCCCGCCUUUGAAGAUGCUGCUACUGAAUUAGCUCAAGAACUUUCAGCUACAGACAACCUAGAAGAUAUUGAACAUGUUCAAAUAUUGCUAUCAACCAAUUCUCUACCAUCUUCAUUACGUUCAAUUAAAUCUGAAUCUAUAUCUCGAUUAGUUAAAAUUCCUGGGAUCAUUGUAUCAGCUUCUAGUAUUCGUGCUAAAGCGACGGAAAUAACUCUACAAUGUAGAGCUUGUCGAAAUGUUUUAUCUCAUUUACCCGUUAAACCUGGUAUGGAUGGUUAUGUUUUGCCUAGAAAAUGUUCAACUGAACAAGCAGGAAGGCCACAAUGCCCACUAGAUCCGUACUUUAUUAUUCCUGAUAAGUGUAAAUGUGUGGAUUCCCAAAUAUUAAAAUUACAAGAGUUAAGUGAUUCUACUCCUCAAGGAGAAAUGCCUCGUCAUGUUCAACUUUAUUGUGAUAGAUAUUUAUGUGAACGAGUUGUCCCAGGUAAUCGAGUUAUGGUAGUUGGUGUGUACUCAAUAAAGAAGGUAAAGACAUCUAAAAAACAAAAACUUGCAGAAAAUUCUCGAACUGUUGUUGGUGUUCGAGCUCCAUACUUAAGAGUAUUAGGAUUUCAGUUAGAUGAUCAAGUUGGAGGUUUCACUACAUCUGUACCAACAUCUGUAGAAGAUGAGGAAUUAUUUAGAAAAUUAGCAUCUUCACCAGAUAUUUAUGAGAGACUUGCUAAGUCAAUUGCUCCAUCUAUUUUUGGUUUUAAUGAUAUUAAAAAAGCAAUUGCAUGUUUAUUAUUUGGUGGUUCACGAAAAAGACUCCCAGAUGGUUUAACACGCAGAGGAGACAUCAAUAUAUUAUUAUUAGGGGAUCCAGGUACAGCUAAAUCACAAUUACUUAAAUUUGUUCAACAAGUUUCUCCAAUUGGUAUAUAUACAUCUGGAAAAGGAUCAUCAGCUGCUGGUUUAACAGCUUCUGUGACUCGAGAUCCAUCAUCGCAUAAUUUUGUUGUGGAAGGUGGUGCUAUGGUUCUAGCAGACAGUGGUGUUGUUUGUAUUGAUGAAUUUGAUAAAAUGAGAGAAGGUGAUAGAGUUGCAAUUCAUGAAGCUAUGGAACAACAAACAAUUUCUAUUGCAAAAGCUGGCAUUACCACUACUUUGAACAGUAGAUGCUCAGUAAUGGCUGCCGCUAAUUCUGUAUUUGGUAGAUGGGAUGACAGCAAAGGAGAAGACAACAUUGAUUUUAUGCCAACAAUAUUAUCUCGGUUUGAUAUGAUCUUUAUUAUUAAAGAUGAACAUAAUCAAAAUAGAGAUAUGACACUUGCUAAACAUAUUAUGAAUGUUCAUUUAAUGAAUGGUCAGAAUCAACAAGAAGUGGAAGGUGAACUACCAUUGUCAACAAUUAAAAAGUUCUUAAAUUAUUGUCGGCAACGUUGUGGUCCCAGAUUAUCUGAAGAAGCUGGAGAGAAACUUAAAAGUCGUUAUGUUCUUAUGAGAACUGGUUGUCAUGAACUAGAAUCAGAAAAAAAACUUGCCAUUCCUAUUACAGUUCGUCAAUUGGAAGCUAUAAUUCGUAUAGCUGAAUCAUUAGCUAAAAUGCAGCUGCAACCAUUUGCUACAGAAACUCAUGUUGAUGAAGCAUUGAGAUUAUUUCAAGUAUCCACACUCAGUGCGGCUACUUCUGGUUGUUUAUCAGGUGUAGAAGGUUUUUCAACUGAAGAAGAUACUGAAACAUUACAACGUAUUGAAAAACAAUUAAAACGAAGAUUUCCAAUUGGAUCUCAAGUAUCUGAAUUCAGUAUAAUACAAGAUUUUCUCCGGCAAAAAUAUCCUCAAAGAGCUAUUGACAAGGUCAUUUAUCUAAUGAUACGUAGAGGAGAAAUACAACAUAUUAUGCAACGUAAAAUGUUAAUUAGGUUAAAAUAAUCAACAAAAAUACAUAUUUUCAUCUAAAUUUUUAUCAUUCUUUGGACCAUAUGGUUUUUAUAUUUUUGAAUAAAGAAAUCUACAUUUUAUACUAA